AUGCUCGAAAAUCGGUAUACACCUCCUGCCAAUAUUAUUGAAAAGCGUCCCUACACCGUCCCCCAUGCGAUCUUUUCAUCCUAUCGCCAACAAAGACGAGAUCCGGAUGUGCGGUUCCGCGAUGUGGCCAUUGUAAAGUUAAAAUCAGGAGAUGGUGGUAACGGCAAAGUUUCGUUCCUGAGAGAAGCAGGUAGGGCCAUGGGCCCCCCCGAUGGUGGUGAUGGCGGCACCGGAGGGCACGUAUUUGUACAAGCAGUCGAGGGAAUGACUAGUUUACAUCAUUUAAGGCAUAUUUAUAAAGCUGCGAAUGGUCGAGGUGGCGGAUCAACUCAACUCAGUGGCAAGAACGGUGAAAAUGUAGUCCUGCAGGUUCCUGUCGGCACGGUCGUUCGAUGGUCACCUCCCUUAGACGAGCUCAAGCGUAUGUUUCAUGAAGCAGGUUCAAGUGCAGAUGGUGCUACCGAGGUAGACAUUGUCACGAACCUCAGUCGUUUCGAUAACGACUCUUUGAUCCAGCUUAGACGCGAUUCUUAUGCUGACGGACAAGGAUGGCUCUUCAAAGAACAGGAAGAAGAGCACAUUCGGGCUCAGCAAUAUUUCCGGCAAUUGAUACCCAAGGUUCAUCAUUUUGACACAAUCAAUCGUCGUCGGGAAGCCGAACAAGAUACGUUUCCUUAUGAGGGCAUUGACCUCGACCGACCUGGACAAUCAGUGAUGCUGUUGGCAGGAGGCAAUGGUGGCUUGGGGAACAUGCAUUUCUUGACUGGUGAUAUUCGCAACCCCCGUUUCGCUAAACAAGGCCGGUCGGGGCUGGAAAGCACGUUUAUUUUUGAACUCCGUUUACUGGCUGAUUUGGGUCUAGUUGGACUUCCUAACGCCGGUAAAUCCUCUUUAUUGCGCGCCAUCAGCCGUGCCCGUCCUCGAGUCGGUCAUUGGGAGUUCACUACGUUGACCCCGACAAUCGGUACUAUUCAAUCCGGUUUAGCAGAGCCCAGUUUUACUGUUGCAGAUAUCCCCGGUAUCAUCGAAGGUGCUCAUGAGAACCGGGGUCUUGGGCUCGGGUUUUUGAGACAUGUCGAGCGCUCAGGCGGUCUUGUAUUUGUUAUUGCCCUCGACAGACCUGAUCCAGCUGCGGACUUCCAGGUGCUUGUUAGAGAGCUGGGUCCUAAGCGAAUGGAGAAGAAACGUAUUCUUGUUAUUGCGACCAAAGCUGACGUGCCAGAAUCCCAAGAGAGAUACCAAGCUCUUAAAGAAUAUCUUGGAUCUUGGGGGCCUGCCAACAAAUACGAAUGGGAAAUUGUUCCGUGCAGCGCUCAGGACAAUGGCAAUAUUGAGUCGGUGAUUCAAAUGAUGGCCCAGACGGCCGGGAAAACGAGCCAGCACGCCACAAGAGUUUAG